UUGGUGACGUCUAAUAGUCGACUUGCUGUGAAGUCUCCAGGGCCGAGGCCUAGAGACUUUUUUGUAGCGGUCGCUAAUGUAAUUUUUGCGGAUGCCUAACUAGUUUAGAGUGCCCGUUCUGAGCGGGUAUAAACCCAUGAAGCACUUUACCGAUUAGCUGAAGCGGAAACGUCAAACGUUAGUUAGCUUGUUGAAGCUAGCCGCUAAGCGCCCGCGAGGAAGUAAGAAAAGGAAAUAAAAUGACAUCUCGGAGGUGGUUUCACCCCAACAUCACAGGUGUGGAGGCUGAAAACCUCCUGUUGACCCGAGGAGUGGAUGGGAGCUUUUUAGCCAGACCCAGUAAAAGUAAUCCAGGAGACUUCACCCUCUCUGUACGGCGAAAUGGAGCCGUCACUCACAUUAAGAUCCAGAACACAGGAGACUUCUACGACCUGUACGGUGGGGAGAAGUUCGCCACCCUGGCAGAGCUGGUGCAGUAUUACAUGGAGCAUCAUGGACAGCUGAAGGAGAAGAACGGAGACGUCAUCGAGCUCAAGUAUCCGCUCAACUGUGCCGACCCCACGUCAGAGAGAUGGUUCCACGGACACCUGUCUGGCCGAGAGGCUGAGAAGCUGCUGACGGAGAAGGGAAAGAACGGCAGCUUCCUGGUGAGAGAGAGCCAGAGCCACCCGGGGGACUUCGUUCUGUCCGUUCGGACCGGGGACGACAAGACGGACAGCAGCGACAGCAAACCCAAGGUCACACAUGUCAUGAUCCACUGCCAGCAUGACCUGAAAUACGACGUGGGCGGAGGGGAGAAGUUCGACUCUCUUACGGACUUGGUGGAGCACUACAAGAAGAACCCCAUGGUGGAAACGCUAGGUACGGUGCUUCAGCUCAAACAGCCUCUAAACACCACUCGUAUAAACGCAGCAGAGAUCGAGAGUCGAGUCCGGGAAUUGAGUAAACAAGCGGACGCGACUGACAAGUUCAAGCAAGGCUUCUGGGAAGAGUUUGAGACCUUGCAGCAGCAAGAGUGCAAACUUCUGUACAGCCGCAGAGAGGGACAGAGAGCAGAGAACAAGAACAAGAACCGAUACAAGAACAUCCUGCCCUUCGACACCACGCGUGUGAAGCUGGCUGAUGGGGACCCUGAUGAACCAGGCUGUGACUACAUCAACGCAAACAUCAUCACGACGGACGCAGACCUUAAAUGUAUUAGCAGCAGGUCCAGAAAGAACUACAUCGCCACUCAGGGCUGCCUGCAGAACACCAUCAGUGACUUCUGGAGGAUGGUUUUUCAGGAGGACUCUCGAGUCAUCGUUAUGACCACCAAAGAAGUGGAACGAGGGAAGAGCAAGUGUGUGAAGUACUGGCCUGAGAUGUCUGCUCUCAAGGAGUAUGGCGCCAUGCGGGUUCGCAACGUCAGGGAGACGACCGCUCACGACUACACCCUCCGAGAACUGAAGCUGUCGAAAGUGGGUCAGGGCAACACAGAACGCACAGUGUGGCAGUACCACUUCAAAACCUGGCCGGAUCACGGGGUCCCCACUGAUCCAGGGGGUGUUCUGGACUUCCUGGAGGAGGUCAACCUGAAGCAGGAGAGCAUUCUGGAUGCCGGGCCAAUUACAGUACACUGCAGUGCAGGGAUCGGGAGGACGGGAACAUUUAUAGUGAUCGACAUCCUGAUCGACGUAAUUAGAGAAAAAGGCGUGGACUGUGACAUCGACGUGCCCAAGACCAUCCAGAUGGUUCGUGCUCAGCGCUCGGGCAUGGUGCAGACUGAAGCGCAGUACAGGUUCAUCUACAUGGCCGUGCAGCACUACAUAGAAACGCUGCAGAGGCGCAUCGAGGAGGAGCAAAAAAGUAAGAUCAAAGGGCGCGAGUACACAAACAUCAAGUAUUCUCUGUCCGACCUGACCGGAGGAGAGCAGAGCCCUCUGCCUCCUUGCACACCCAUUCCCACCCCCACGUGCACAGAGAUGAGGGAGGACAACUCCAGAGUCUACGAGAACGUGGGCCUCAUGCAGCAGCAGAAGAGCUUCAGAUGAGAGUCACCUUUGUCGCAGCGCCUCAUCAGCUUCAGGAGCCUGACACCUGACGGUCCUUCGCCAGCCACACCUUGACGCCUGUGAUGACUGAUCACUGGGGGGGGGGG